CCCCCGCCGUUCCGCAGCCCCGCACUCUUUACUCUCCCCAGAACGAGAGCUGGUGCCCGCCCGCAUCGGCAGCCCUGCGGGAUGCUGCGCUCCACAUCCACCGUCACCCUGCUCUCAGGCGGCGGCGCCCAGGCGUCCGGAGCGCCCAGCAGGCGGGCAAAUGUCUGCAGACUGCGGCUGACUGUGCCUCCCGAGAACCCAGCCUCUGAGCAAAUGGAAAAGAAGCUUGUGAGGAAAGAGCAGCCUCCUGAACUAAGCAAUGGAGAAUCUACCAGGAAACUUCCUCAGGGCGUGGUUUAUGGUGUGGUGCGAAGAUCAGAUCAAAACCAGCAGAAGGAAAUGGUGGUGUACGGCUGGUCCACCAGUCAGUUGAAAGAAGAGAUGAACUACAUCAAAGAUGUGAGAGCCACUUUGGAAAAAGUAAGGAGGCGCAUGUAUGGAGACUACGAUGAAAUGAGGCAGAAGAUUCGACAGCUCACCCAGGAACUGUCCGUUUCCCAUGCUCGGCAGGACUAUCUAGAGAACCACAUCCAAACCCAGUCCUCUGCCCUGGAUAGUUUCAAUGCCAUGAACUCGGCCUUGGCGUCGGACUCCAUUGGACUGCAAAAAACCCUUGUGGAUGUUACUUUGGAAAAUAGCAACAUUAAGGAUCAAAUCAGAAAUCUGCAGCGGACAUACGAAGCUUCCAUGGACAAGCUGCGAGAGAAGCAGAGGCAGCUGGAGGCGGUGCAAGUUGAAAAUCAGCUGCUGCAGAUGAAGGUGGAAUCCUCCCAGGAGGCCAAUGCCGAGGUGAUGAGGGAGAUGACCAAGAAGCUGUACAGCCAGUAUGAGGAGAGGCUGCAGGAGGAGCAGAGGAGGCACAGCGCUGAGAGGGAGGCGCUCCUGGAAGAAACCAACAGUUUUCUGAAAGCAAUUGAAGAGGCCAAUAAAAAGAUGCAAGCAGCAGAGAUCAGCCUCGAGGAGAAAGAUCAGAAGAUCGGGGAGCUGGACAGGCUCAUCGAGCGCAUGGAAAAGGAGCGGCACCAGCUGCAACUGCAGCUUCUGGAGCAUGAGACAGAAAUGUCCGGGGAGAUUCCCGAGGCUGACAAGGAAAGGUAUCAGCAGCUGGAGGAGGCCUCAGCCAGCCUCCGAGAGCGGAUCAGACACCUGGAUGACAUGGUGCACUGCCAGCAGAAGAAAGUCAAGCAGAUGGUUGAGGAGAUCAUGUCGCACGAGCUCUUCUCCAGAUUUAGUCUCCGGCUCUUUGGAAGAUGAUAACCCGGUAGCCCGCAGUGGGUGGAAGCAGUUCCUUUUGGUGUUCGUGAUUAGAAGAAUGCAUGUGCACUCUACUGCGGGAAGAGGUGUUACUGAGGAACAAAACAGGAAGAUUUGGCCACUGGGGGCCCUGCUUUGUGAAAACACCCAUAUAUGGUAACUCGACUUGGGCAGCCUCAAAAUGCUGAGUCAAGAGAACGUAAAGACCCACACUGUAUCUUUUUUGUUUUUUGGUACCGGGGAUCCAACUCGGAUCCUUGCACUUGUGAAGCAGGCACUGGAACCACUGAGCUAAAUCCCCAGCCCCUCCCACACUGUAUCUUUAGAAACUUGGUUUCCUAGAUUGCAAAGAAAGAACUGUAUUGAAAAAUUAUGCCUAAAAAUAAUUCAGAAAGUGCUAAGUGGAGACUGGCCCAAGAUCCUGGAAAAUGAAGCCUUUCUGCUAGAAGAUAGUGUGACAGAGGACAAAGGACAUGAGUGCCAAGACGGAAGGGGUCUGUCCUGAACCACACCCUACACCCCGAAUAAGCAGUCCAGUGUCCGUGUGGUUUGAUUAUAUGUAUUUUAGAGCACGGUGGCCCUGAGAUUUUCCUUUCUGAAUGGAUCUCAGCACCACUGGUCAACUUCUUGUUCUUCUUGUUUAGGAGAAGUUUGAUUUGCUUCUGUCACUGAAUGGACAGUUCAACCGAUUUCAUGACGAGAAGUGUAUUUGGCUCAAAUACAUUGACAUGAAACACACUCCAUGCAUCUGUGUUUUGGUAGAGGUCUUGCUCCAUAGCCACACAUGCUGGUAUUUCUUCAGAAAUUCACUGAGUUGGGAGAGGCACCAGGAGCGGCAGUCUAGUCAAGGGUGGCAUUGGCCCACAAGCCAGGGUACGGGGCUGGUGGGGUGGGUCCCUGUGACAAUGGCUCCUUCUCCUCUCCCGCACGUGUCCAUGGUAGAGUGGGUAUGUGGGUCCUUUCCUGUUGAGGUUUGCCUUUGGUCUUUCAUUUUGAUGCUUCUGCCCAGCCUAAGUAAAUAGGGAGUGGGAAGGAAAGGAAGUGAUGAGUAAUCUUCCGCAUUCACAGGGGACUGUUACUGUGGGCACGGUGCUCGGCUUAAAUGCAGAUCUCACACACUCUGCUGGGUUCCGCAGGGAGAUGGCAUCAGCUUGGGAAAUUGCUUCUCUAAAUCGUACCCUGGCCUGGUGACCUGCACUGUUUCUGGGGAUUGCUUUACUCCUAUGGUGUUUUUUGAGUCUCUGGUGGAAAUGUCUCUGGCAUCUGUUCUAGUGGAAUGGAUUUGUUAGUAUUUCAAAAAGUAGAAUAACACGAAGUUAGCGAAUGCCUUGACCUUCCGAGAGAGUGGGCACUGGUGUGAGUCGGCAGGGGUGGUGUGCUGUCUUCCGCCCUGGAGUUUCCUCUGGUCCUGGAGACCAGGGUUUAUGGAGCAGAUGGUGAGCAAAGAGCCCAGAGCAUCUACACAGCCCUUAGCGCCUCCUACCUGCCAUGCGCUUGCGCUGCAUGUGCCUUCUCCCUGCCCCAGUCCCCGGCCCAGGCUUUCUGGUGAUCUUGAGGCUGGCUCCCCUCCUCCACCGACCCAUCUCCAUCUUCUCUGCUCUGCCUUUGCUGGUGAGCCUCAGUUUAACUCUUUCCUGGCCACAUUGUGACAUGUUAACUAGAUCUACUGCCGGCCAAGCCUGAGUUCUGUGUUCAAGUCCUGCCCCACCAGUCUCCCCACCGCACCUCUCCUCCCUCCCUGCGGUCACUGGACCCCCAGCCUUGACUCUGCAGCCCACAUCUUGCUUCACAGCGCCCCCCAGAGGAGAUGCUCUGCAAAAGUGUGAGGAAGAAUUUGUGCAUAGUACGUGAAAGUGUUACUUUCAUUUUCUAGUGGUUAACAUGAUGCUAGUCACUUCUUUAAAACCCAAAUUCUUUACCUAAAAUGAAGUCUUUGAAGGUAUCUGAAAGAACACAGUGCUGUCCACCUUCCCCACUCUAUGCAUUCUAGAAAGAAUUAUUGCAGGAAUUAUUGAUGAUAGGGAUUGAUGGGUGCACUCACACCCAAACUGUCCUUUCUAGGAGAAGGACCCUUUUGGGGAAAUGUCACUGAACCUACAUUCUCUUUGUUGAAAUGCUUUCUAAUUGGCUUUGAGCAUUUUUCCAGAGACCAGGUGCCCAGUUUCUGCCCUAGAAAGUAUGUGAGGCCGCACAGUUGGUGUUGAAAGCCUUACCAAGUGCUGAGUGGGCCUCUGCUCUCAGGGCUGUGGAGACAGAGCUCAUACAUGCACAUUAACCUUCACAGAGGCAUCAUCUGCCCACUUUUGAAGUGCAGGAAACUGAGGCUUCGAGUCAUUAAAAAUAGGUAGCCUGGGUCCAGGGAUUUAGCUCAGUGGUUCCCCCACCUGCCUCCAAAGUGGAAGGACCCGGGUUCAAUCCCCAGUACAAAAAAAUAAAUAAAUAAAUAAGUAGCCGGCAGUAUCUCAGCAAAUAAUCAUGGUUCUGGGUUCACACACAGAUCUUUGAGUUCAAAGCCAGGCUUUGUCCUUUUCUUCUUAUUUUUUAAAUAUGAAAGGAAAUUAAAGUGCAGAAAAUUAUAUUUCAUUAUUCCCUAUAAAUAAUGAAAACACAACCCCUUGUGCCCUUCUCUGCUUUCUGUAAAUAAAAGAAAAUAUUACAGGUUAAAGAUGAGGCUGUUCUAUUUUAUUCCUGCCCAGUUCUGCUCCUCUCCUUCUUCUACCUCAUGCUUCUACCACAGAGAUUAGUAUAUAGCUUAGUGUGUGUUUAAAAAUUUACAUAAAUUUUAAUUUAUAAUUUAGAUAACAAGUAGCAUUGUCGAUAUUUUGCAAUUUACCUUUUUUCCUAGUUUAAUAUUAUUACAUACAGAUCUAAAUUUUUCAUUUCAGUAGCUAAUAUACUUUUACUUGGAAAUAUUGUAAUCUGUAGUCCUAUUGAUACACAUUUAGUUAAUUUUCAAAGUUUUAUUCUCCCACAAACAGGGAAACAUGUCUCCAGCAAGUCUUUCACUAGGAAGCACACUUAGAAGGGGUGCCGCCAGGGGGCGGAGUGACGCAGUGUCAGCGUCACCGGGCACUGCCGUGGCUCUCCAGAGCAGGCCACUGCCGCAGUCGCUCUUUAUACAGCAGAGGUUUCCAGACACUCAUCACCACGUGGCCCCGUGUGGACUAUAAUUUCAGUCAGUUAUGAAAUCGCAUUUCACUCUUUUAAUUUUAAUUUGCGUCAGCCUGGUCACUACUCAUUACAAGUUGUGAGAACGAAUGACUUUCAUAAAGUCAUUGGACACUCAGGUGUCCUCCUUUAUGAAUUUGUGUUCGUAUUCUUUGUUCAUUUUUAUGUGAGGUUGUUUGUCUUUCCUUCUGCUGAUUUGUACCAACUCUGUAUUCAUAUAAUCAUCAAAAAAUAUUUGGCUGACAUUAUUGUCUCCUCAGUGGUGUUUGUUUGUUUGUGGUUUAUCUUACAUAAUUUUUAAAUUUUAGUAGCGUUAACAGUUAUCAAUGUUUCUGUGCUGCGUUGUGUGUCUUAUUUGUCAUAAACGUAUUUUCUGUGAUAGUUUUAGUUUUGUUUUUCAUCUUUAGGUCUUUAGUUACCACCUACAUGUCCACUCUCUGUUCUUCCCUUAACUUUUCUCUGCUUAGCACUUAUUUGUCCUUUUUGCCUGUUUAUGUUAUUUGUUGUCUCUUCCCCUCCACUAGAAUGUAAGCUCUAGGAGGCAGGAACUUUUGUCUGUUUAUGACUGUAUCUCUUAACACCUGGAAUUUUCACUGGUAUAUAGUAGAUGCUCAAUAAAUAGUUUUGGAUAAAUAAAGAAUAAUCCAUGUGGAAUU